GGUUGUCGAGGUAUUAAUACUGUUGGCGUUGCGCCGCAUUGUUGCGAACGAACGAAAAUGUGGCGAACAAUCAAAACAGAAUGAACACAAAGCUAUCGCAGAUAUUUUCCACUUGUGUGAGAAGUUGAUGUCUUUUAUUUAGCUCCCGUGUAUCGGGAAUUUUCCGCUCGAAUCGGGACCGUCUGGGUCGACGAAUUAUUUUUCACCGGUUGAGCAGAACGAUCACACGAAACCGGCGCGGGCGUCGAGUCCAACCCGUACGGGAGGAGAGAUCCCGAGAUUGCGAAUCUCGCAACCGAGGCCGCAGAAUCAACGCGCCCGGUCAGUUGUUCAGACCGUGAUCAUCAAUUAUAGCAAUUAACGCUCUUCGUCCGCACUCGCCGCGCCAGCUGAUUUUUUUUCGUACCUCCGCGUGUUGUGUGCCAACACUCGCAAACAUGCGCGUUUCUGCAACAAAGUCUUUGACAGUCUCGAAACGACCGUGACGACGUGCGUAUGCGCGACACGCGUCAUCCGUUAUUUUUCUUCUACCGAGCCGCACUCGGUAUCACGAUUACGAACCAUGAGGUCGUAGCGCGGUGGCAACGUUUCUACCGAAUAUACGAAAUGCUCACCGUGUCAGUGAUUAACGCGCGUUCUCUUCACGCAUGACGAAACAUUUCACGGCAGAUCAUCAGACUGGACCGGAUGGCGCGGUGAUAAAUGACCAUGGUAUGCUCGAUAAGAAACACCAGCAAGUUCCGUUUAACGGAAGUUCCAGAGUCCUGGGUGAAUAAAAUACACACACAAGUAUUUUGCGGAAGAAACGAAGAUGGUGUCUCGAAACAGGCCGAUCAAGAUCACGACCGUUGGCGAUGGGAUGGUUGGAAAAACAUGUAUGCUCAUCACGUAUACAAAGAAAGAAUUUCCAACGGAAUAUGUACCAACUGUGUUUGAUAACUACGUUGAUAACAUACUCGUGGGUGGACAGCAGUUCGAAAUGACGUUGUGGGAUACAGCCGGUCAGGAAGAUUACGAGCGUCUCAGACCACUCUCGUAUCCGAAUACCGAUUGUUUUCUGGUAUGUUUUUCCAUAAGUUCUCGUAGCUCUUUCGAGAACGUGGCGAGCAAGUGGCAUCCAGAAAUCAAGGCGCACUGUCCCAAUGUGCCGAUUAUACUUGUGGGCACCAAGGCGGAUCUCAGAAACCAAGAAAACAUGGAUAUUAUCAGUCCGCGAGAUUGCAACAAAAUGCGAAAGAAGAUCAAGGCGGUGAAAUACGUCGAGUGUUCCGCGAUAAAACAGGAAGGUCUCGAGGACGUUUUUGUCGAAGCUAUUAGAGCCGUGCUGAAGAAACCGUCGUCGCGAAAGCUCUGCUGCAUCCUCUGAAGUGUCAGCUACUGAUUAUGAUUUAUAUACGAUUAGUUUUUUUUUUUUUUUUUUUUUUAACUAAUCCUAGGCUAUAAGAUCGAUGUUAUGCCAAAGAUUUUUCUCACAUCGUGUUUUCAUGUCUUUCUUGUACAUUCCAUUCGUAAUAAUAUUCCCGAUGCGCUCUGUCUUCUUUGCGUAUAAACCAGAGUUCUCUGGCGUCGUGUAAAUAUGUGCUUUGUGAAUUAUAUAUAUAUAUAAUAUAUAUAAUAUAUAUAUAAUAUAUAUAAUAUAUAAUUUAAUAUAAAUCUUUUAGAUAAAUAUCUAAAAAAUAAACGUUUAUUUGAUCUUUCUUAUUCUGACGGAAUUAAAAAAUAAAGCGAUAGAUGUGUAUAUUUUUAAAUAUAUAUAUUGAAGUCAAAUCAGAAAUCCAACAUUUUAGCAACGGUUGUACAAUUUUUCACCUGUUGCAAUCUGCCUUUUUCUGACCUUUUGUGAUUUUCCAAGUAUAUGACCAACUUUAUUACAAAUGUAUCACAAUGUAGAUAUUAUAAAAUAACGAAACUUUAACUCUUCUUUCCCACGUAAAACAACUUCACUUUGUAUAAAAAUUUAUUCCAUACAAAACAAUAUUCCCUUUUGUAUCAUAUAUUUAUAUAUUCCUAUACGUGUGC